AUGGAUGAUGAAAUUCAAAAUUUCUUCAAGGUAUGGAUGAUAGCCACAAUAUGUCUCUGCUAUUGCUACUACAUCUCUUCAAGAAUACCAAAAGCCUUCUUCAGACUCCUUUCCAUUCUUCCUGUUCUCUUCAUCUUCCUCACCCUUCCCUUCUCUCUCCACUCCUUCCACCUCGGUGGCCCCACCACCUUCUUCCUCGUUUGGCUCUCAUCUUUCAAACUCAUUCUUUUCUCCUUCAACCAACCCCCUCUUUCCCUCUCCCCAAACAUCUUCCACUUCAUUUCCAUAGCUUCCCUUCCCAUAAAACUCAAACAACAACCAACCAAAACCAAUAAUCCAAAAUUAGAAAACCCUAAAAAACCGAUCUUGCUUCCCCUAAAAGUGGUUCUCUUGGCCGCAAUAAUCCGUGCCUAUGAUUACAGAGAAUCCAUGCAUUCUUACAUGAUCUUGAUCCUCUACUGCUGCCACAUGUACCUAGGUAUAGAGCUUGUGCUAGCCAUAGCUGCAGCACCGGUUCGAACCGUUUUCGGCUUCGAGAUCGAGCCGCAGUUCAACGAGCCGUACCUAAGCACUUCACUUCAAGACUUCUGGGGUCGUCGGUGGAACCUCAUGGUUACAAGUAUUCUACGCCCUACCGUAUACGGUCCGGUUAGAAGUGUUUCUACCGGUAUUUUUGGAAUCACGUGCGCGGCACGUGCUGCCAUGCUGGCCACGUUCCUUGUGUCGGGGUUAAUGCAUGAGUUGAUAUAUUACUAUCUUUCACGUGUUUCUCCCACGUGGGAGGUCACGUGGUUUUUUGUGCUCCAUGGAGUGUGUACGGCGGUGGAGGUGGCGGUGAAGAAGGUGAUGAUCCGCCGUGGGUGGAGGUUACACCCUGUGGUGUCGGGGUUGCUGACGUUGACGUUCUUGGCUGUGAGUGGGAACUGGCUGUUUUUUCCUCAGCUGGUGAGGAAUGGUGUGGAUAGGAAGGCUAUUAGGGAGUAUGCUAUAUUGGUAAAUUUUGUGAGGUCUAAGUUACCGGUAAAUUUGGUUAAGUCUCUAUGAUGAGAAUUGUUCAUUACUCUAGAUAUUGAAUUUUAAUGUGUAGAAAAUUGAUCAAUUAAUUUGAUGGGUAGAAAUUGUUUCAUCAUGUUUACCGCAGAUUUGUCGUGUUGAGAUUUAAGAAGAGGUUUGUAGU